AGCCCUCGGCAACUAAAGAUGAUGUUACCAUGGAAACAAAUUGUUCUGCUAUCAAUCACCGGAUGCCUUGCAGCCUGUACAGAGGAUAUCAUAUUUCAAGGGCCAAGAUGGAGGACGCAGCCCGGCGACCUCAUUUUGCCGAUCAACUCCCCAGACCACCAGGCGACCAUCACGUGCGAAGCAGAAGGGAUCCCUUCACCGCAGUACAGAUGGUCGCUAAACGGAACACUCAUUGAUCUGGGGAGCGACUACCGGCGUCACAUGUCUGGGGGCAGCCUGAUCAUUAGGAACCUGGACAAGGACCAAGACUCUGGGAUGUACCAGUGCACAGCUUUCAAUACAUGGGGUACUAUCCUCAGCCGCAGAGCCAGCAUUCAAUUUGCAUAUCUUGAGAACUUCAGAACCCAAUCAGUGAGGAGUGCCGUCAACGUCCGCGAGGGUCAAGGAGUGGUUCUGCUCUGUGGAGCGCCUCCACAUUCUGGAGAGUUGACAUUUGCAUGGAUGUUCAAUGAAUAUCCAUACUCCGUCCAGCAAGACAGUCGAAGGUUUAUCUCUCAGGAGACUGGGAGUCUGUACAUUGCCAAAGUGGAGCCAUCGGAUGUGGGAAACUAUACAUGCAUGGUUAACAACACGGUCACAAAGGAGAAAGUUCUCAGCUCUCCAACACCACUGGUCCUCAGGAGUGACGGAGUAAUGGGUGAAUAUGAGCCAAAGAUAGAAGUUCAUUUUCCUGAUGCCGUCCCAGCUGCAAAAGAAUCAGUGGUGAAACUGGAAUGUUUCGCUCUGGGAAACCCUGUCCCAGAAAUAAGCUGGAGGAGAACCAGCGGGGUCCCGUUCCCCAGCAAAGUCAAAAUGAAGAAUUCCAACGCUGUCCUUGAAAUUCCCAAUUUUCAACAAGAAGAUGCAGGGACAUAUGAGUGCGUAGCAGAGAAUCGGCGGGGCAAGAAUGUGGCACGGGGUCGUAUUUCUUUCCAUGCCAAACCUCAGUGGCUCCAGACGAUGGCAGACAAUGCUCUGUCCAUAGAGGAACAUCUUUUCUGGGAGUGUAAGGCCAAUGGGAAACCCAAACCAUCCUACAGCUGGCUGAAGAAUGGGGAGCAACUCAUGGCAGAGGAGCGUGUACAAAUCGAAAAUGGAGCCCUUUCUAUAACGGCGUUGAACUUGUCAGAUUCUGGGAUGUAUCAGUGUGUGGCGGAAAACAAACAUGGCACUGUUUAUUCCAGCGCCCAGCUAAUGGUGUUAGCUUCACCUCCCAGUUUUUCCAGAAGUCCAUUAAAGACCUUGGUAAAAGCUCUCUCAGGCAGCGAAGUCACUCUUGAAUGCAAGCCUCAGGCCUCACCCCCAGCAAUUAACCUGUGGAAGAAAGGGAAUGAGAUCCUGCAAAAAACUGAAAGGAUUACAUUGUUUCCUAAUGGAACUUUGAUGAUUACCAACGUAACCAAACGAGAUGCAGGUAGCUACAUGUGCAUUGCUAAGAAUCAGUUUGGAACAGCAAGCACAACUGGGAGGCUCCUCAUCACUGAACCCACCAGAAUCACCAUGAGGCCCACUAACAUGGAGAUUAUUGUUGGCGAGAGUAUUGUGCUACCCUGCCAGAUUGCCUACGAUCCAGCUCUGGACAUCUCUUUUUCGUGGGUGUUCAAUGGCCAGCUCAUCGACUUCCAGCGAGACAGUGAUCAUUUUGAAAGAGUAGGCGGGCAGAGUAUAGCAGGGGAUCUGAUGAUUCGUAACAUUCAGCUCAACCAUGGUGGGAAGUAUGUCUGCGUUAUCGACACAGAUGUGGAGAGCCUGUCCACCUCUGCAAUUCUGGUUGUCAAAGGUCCUCCAGGCCCUCCAGACAAAGUAGCAGUGGAGGAAAUUACAGACAGUACAGCACAGCUGUCCUGGACUCCUGGAAGGGACAACGGCAGUCCCAUUACUGGUUACAUUGUUCAGGCUCGGACGCCGUUCACGGUGGGAUGGCAGGCUAUUGACACAGUGCCAGAGGUGGUCGGUGGUAACAUGCUGACUGCCACGGUGGUGGGUCUAAAUGCCUGGGUGGAGUACGAGUUCAGGGUGGUAGCCCGUAAUGCCGUAGGCCUUGGAGAGCCAAGCCCAGCCUCAGCCAAGACCAGAACAGAGGAUGCUAGGAGCUUUGCCAACUCAAACCUGGAGAGUGUAUGGAAUUUUACGCUCCAAAUGUAUGCUAGUUUGCAUGUUGUGUAUUGGGAAGAUGACACCAAGCCUGACACUGUUGGAAAAGUGCGAAUAACUGGAAACUACACGCAGAUUAACAUCACAGGGCUGAAAGCAAACACAGCAUACUACCUCUCUGUGGCGGCCUUCAAUACUGCUGGUCCUGGACCACAGUCAGCACCCAUCAAUAACACCACAAAGAAACCACCACCAGAUCGGCCUCCAUUUGACAUACAAUGGAGCAUGAUUGGCUCCACACUAACACUGCGCUGGGACCCUGUGGUAGCCAUGGAGACAGAGUCAAAGGUGACUGGCUAUUUGGUGGUGGUGAAAAGACACCGGUACAAUGACAUUAACACGAUCUUCACCAACAAAACCACAGCAGAGCUCAGCCUCUCAGCCAGCGACAACUAUCUCAUUCAAAUCAAAGUUCUGAGUGAAGGCGGUGAGAGUGUGGGCAGUGAACCCAUCCACAUCCACAAAUUAAGCAUGGGAGCUCGGGGCUCUGGAGCUUCAAGCCUUAGACGGUUGUCCUGCUCUACAAAACCCUGGCUGAACACAGAGGUCCAUACCCUGCUGAAAGCCAGGGAUGCUGUCUUCAGGUAUGGCGACUCACAGGAACUGUGGAGGGCAAGGAAAGAGCUGGCUGCUGGUAUUAAGGGGGCCAAAGCCACAUAUGCAUGGAAGAUCAAGGGACACUCCUCACAGGACCCAAGGAGCAUGUGUAAGGGCAUUCAGUGCAUCACAGACUAUGAAAGCAAAGGCAACAUCCCAGGGAGGGUGCUGAGCGACUGUGCCGAUCAGUUCUGUGAGGUGCUGAUAGAUGUCUUCAAAUCCUCACUCACCCUGGCAAGAGUUCCUACCUGCCUAAAGACCGCCAAUAUCAUCCCAGUUCCCAAGAGCUCUGCAAUGACUGGACUGAAUGACUACUGGCCAAUCGACGCAACCAACACAGAACCCAGCGGGCAGAGUUCAUCUCAGCAUCACUCACCUGUCUGUCACAAGCCACAGAUGGGGGAGCCUGUAAUCCGGUGUGGUGGGUUCAGAACCAAACCCGUCCGAACACGAAGUCACCACUGCCCGGCAAUUGAAGUUUUGUCUUCGCCUCUCCUGGUUCUGGAGGAAGAGAGAAGGUCUCUGCCCUGGGGGGAACACAGGGCACCCGAGACAAAAUUUUCUCCAGCGCCGCUCGGCUACUCGGGGUGGACGUCAGGGGAGGACGCGGAGCUGGAGGACAAGCUGUCUCAUUCCUGCCCCAUCUUCCCACCGUCGUCACCGGGGCGGCAGAAGACGAAACCGGAAACAAUCCAUGAAACCUUCGCCAACAUCCCUGACCGCGACUGCAGAUCCAAUUCGAGAGCCGAUCUGGACGCCUCACCUCCUAGUACUUUGGUGAGGGUGGAAUCUGGCACCUCACUCCUGCACCAAGCUCCCACAAGGAUCAGUCCUGUCACCCUGCUCUCCACCCCCCGUUCGUCUAAAGACCUGACGAAGGGGGGCCACCCCGGAGAACAGUCUACACAGCGUUUCCACACCAUUCCUACAGAGGUCACCAAAGAAAACAAGUCUUGGUCCCAGAGCCUGUCUCGGUCCCAGUCCCAGAGCCUGACUCGGUCCCAGAGCCUGACUCAGUCCCAGUCCUAG